UAUCGCUAACCCUUUACCCGUUCAUUCAUUAGUUGACCACUGAUCCAAAUGAUUUGAUUGUGGCUCAACCAAAGAAGAGUUUCAUUCCAACCAUUAUUAUUCAAGCCAUCUCGCCACGCCGUUUCAGGUUAGGGAGAGUUACACCUCUGCUUCUCUAGUGGCCGUUUCCGUGGGACAAAGUAGCCAUUCCUCGUCUUCUUCUCUAGCUGUGGCAUUAGUGGCUGAGAGGAGAGGAAGGCAUGCGAGAGAAGUGACAAGCUAGAGCAAUGGAAAGUUCUUUCAUUAAUCUAUUCGUGAAAGACUUGAGUCACGCGUACGCAAACACAUACCCAACGACAUCAUAGGAAAUUAGAUCCUUUGAACCGAAAGUCAAAGACCCGUUCCUGCAUAUCGAACUCUCAAAGGACGCUAUUCUUAUUGGCCCAUUUCAUCCCAAAGAGACCUUCACAACCAGCCAUCCCCUAGCUUGAAGGAGGAUUGAUGAAUCACCUGGGGGAACCCACUCCUCUCCCUUCGGUCCAGUAUAUUGCAUUCCUCAGGAAAGACCAUCAAUAAUGACGCCUCCCGUUUGAGGCAAGAAAAGAAUUGCGCGGAAGGUCCCGUCCCUGAAUACCAAGAACAUAGCAACAAGGAAAGCGACUAAUUGGUUACGGGAGAGAGAAAACACGAAUUGAUUUCAGAGGAACACGAUGACGAUUUUAGAGGGGCGGUUUCAAGGAACGAUGAGAUUGUUGUGAGGGAGAGGCAAAGGUAGGAGCGCCACCUACAUCGAAGGGAAGGAGAGAGAGUAUUUUUUUUUGGCCAAAGAUAUCUCCGUAAGGAAACAACAAAGAUACGACAAUAUAAAUACCAUUGCAGGGUAGGCCACUGCCCACUAAAUGGAACUAAGAAAAAAAUAUUGGUCCACAAGUUUACGAACCAACUCAACAAGUGUAUUUUUUACCACGGAAAAGAGAGCCCUGUUAUACCUGCGCGGCACAAAAUGAAACGUUCCAUGCUGUAAAGAUGUACGCGACACCUGGAUUUCCUGCAGGCUAGCUCAGCCCAUCGCGUGCGACGAAUCAAUCGCAUUAACUAACCGUAUGACAACUUGCGGAUGACCACAAAACAAAUAUAUUAGUGUAGGAAAGCACUAGAACAACAAAGAGCAUCACGAAGAGCAUAGAGCUCAAUGACGAUGAGUCAGAUAUUGCUCGACUAGUCGCACAAAUGCGGUUUAGAACAAUCAUAUGUUCUAGAAAUAAAUUCCUCUUCAAAUAAAACAAAUGCUUUAGUUUAUGAACAGAAAAUUAAAAUUAGGAUGACCAAUAGUAAUUUUAGAAUGAGUUUACCGUUGGAGAUUUUUUUUAUUGUUCCUAAUCAGCAAUACCUACAUAAUUGAGGAUAAACACCUUACGUGGAGCAUUCUAAUUUGAUGGCCGACCUACAGAAAUACGAGCCUUCUUUUCUACAAAUGCCGAAAUUUUUUGUCUCAAAAUUCAAUGUGUUCAUAAUUCGUAACCCUGUCGUUAAGCUUUCCUACGCGUUCGGGUUUCUCUCCCCUCUCACCAGUCAUCAUCACCGCCAUUUUUCCUCCUCCAACUACCUUUGGCAAAAGCAGUACAGUUGAGACUCAAUAAUCCCUCCACUUUCUUUUCUCUGUCUUUUCUCUUACCAAGUUACUUCCCGGGUACAUUUGCCGCGGGGAAUCGGCAGAUCUUGGCGACUCGUUUUUCAAAUGCAAAUCAACUGACCGCCGGGACAAGGAAAAAGGGUAGCCGGAGGCAGGGAAAUUCUGUAACGAUUAUGGAGAACGGAACCGCCGCGGAGAACGGGACCCUGGAUAACGCAGUCUGCUCGUCGGAGUCGGCAGACGGAAGCCGGGAUGUCUGGAGCUGUAACGAAUCCGAUUCUUCUUCUGCUGAUCAUCUCGUUGUCAUGGUCCACGGUAUACUCGGCAGCUCCAAUGACUGGAAGUAUGGGGCUGAGCGGUUCGUUAGGAAUCUGCCGGAUAAAGUGUUUGUUCAUUGUAGUGAAAAAAACAUGUAUAGGCUGACUCUCGAUGGAGUGGAUGUGAUGGGCGAACGGUUGGCUCAGGAGGUCCUUGAAGUGAUUCAAAGGAAACCGAAUUUACGGAAGAUUUCGUUUGUUGCACAUUCAGUAGGAGGGCUAGUUGCAAGGUAUGCUAUCGGGAGAUUGUAUAGGUCCCCCAGAGAAGAAGAUGCAGGGGGUCCAGAUGCUGAUCAGAAUAAAGAAGAGUCGAGGGCCACGAUAGGUGGCCUGGAGGCUGUCAAUUUCAUUACUGUUGCUACCCCUCACCUUGGUUCUAGGGGCAAUAAGCAGGUACCAUUUCUUUUUGGCUUAAAUGCUUUGGAAAAAGUGGCAGGUCUUGUCAUUCAUUGGAUAUUUAGGAGAACAGGUCAACAUCUAUUUCUUGUAGACAACGAUGAGGAGAAACCUCCAUUACUUAAGCAGAUGAUAGAAGAUUGUGGUGAUCUUAAUUUCAUGUCUGCAUUGCGGACAUUCAAACGUCGGGUGGUAUAUUCAAAUGUCGGCUAUGACCACAUUGUGGGGUGGAGAACAUCUUCAAUUAGGAGGAAUAACGAACUGCCAAAGUGGGAGGAUUGUUUAAAUGAGAAAUACCCACAUGUGGUUUAUGAAGAACAUUGCAAGGCCUGUGGUGAAACUGAUCUGGCUGAACCCUUGUCAACAGAAGAUGAUAAAUUUGACAAGAUUGAAGAGGAGUUAGUGGCGGGUUUGUCACGAGUGUCAUGGGAAAAGAUAGAUGUUAGUUUCCACACGAGCAGACUGAGAAUAGCUGCUCAUAGUGUUAUCCAUGUGAAAGAUGAGAGCUUGCACAUAGAAGGAGCAGACGUGGUCCAGCACAUGAUAGACCAUUUUGUUCUGUAAGCGGAUAUGCUAACUUUACUGUGAGACAGGGAACAGAAGGUGCUGUGACCUUCCAUCCCAUAUAUGCGCCAUUGUAUCUUUUUAUCUGGAAAAAAGUGCGACUCUGAGUGCUUGCAGGUCGUCGUUCUGCCGGCUGAAGCUCGAGCGAUGCUGAGAAGUAAUGGGAAUUUUUGUAUGUUUGUUUACGAACUGAUGUAUUAUAAUUGUUAUAUAUGUGGACAAUAAUGAUAUGAAAUAAGU